UCAAUUAGUGGACAGAUCAGGAAAUCUAUACAAACCAACAACGUUAAUUCGAUUGAUCAAAGGUUAGGUGGGUUUGUUUAAGUUUGCCGGGAUCAUUGGUAGAUAGCUUGAAUUGGUCCCAACCAGAUGUGGAGGGCAGCCGAUAUCCCAACUGAUAGCUAUUAUGAGGUCCGUGCCGAAUGCACAGAUGUCCCCAAAACCAAAUUCAAAAUCAAGGCUGGGAAGACCUUAAGCGUCCGAAAAUGGAAGGCGGCCUUCAGUCCAGAAGGCUAUGUUGAUAUUGGAAGGACCCUUGACCGAAUCCAUCGCGGAGGGAUUCAUCCCGAUAUCAGAGGAGAAGUUUGGGAAUUUCUAUUGGGAAGUUAUGAUCCAAAGAGCACGUAUGAAGAACGAGAUGAAUUAAGAGAAGACAGACGGGCUAGGUACACGGUGCUAAAGGCAGAAUGUCGCAACCUAUUUCCUAUGAUUGGGAGUGGUAAAUACGUAACUGCACCCAUAUUAUUAGAAAAUGGUGAACCCUCUCAAGAUCCUAUAGUCCUUGAGCAAUUGAAGUUGGAGAAUGGAGAACCAAUAACCAUGGUCAAGGAGACUGAUAAGAAGAUCUUAGAGUGGAAGCUCACUCUGCAUCAAAUAGGUCUUGACGUUGUUCGAACAGACAGGACCCUGGUUUUCUAUGAGAAACAAGACAACUUGGCCAAGCUUUGGGACAUUCUGUCUGUCUAUUCUUGGUUUGAUACUGAUGUUGGUUAUUGUCAAGGAAUGAGUGAUCUUUGUUCCCCGAUGAUAAUGCUUUUCCAAGAUGAAGCAGAUGCAUUUUGGUGUUUUGAGAGAUUUAUGCGCAGAAUUAGAGCAAACUUCAGAGCGACUGAUAGAUCUAUGGGAGUGGAAACACAACUUGGAAGUUUGGCCUCAGUUACACAAGUUAUCGACCCAAAGCUUCACCAGCAUCUGGAGGAAUUGGGAGGAGGUGAUUAUCUGUUCGCUGUGCGGAUGCUUAUGGUGUUGUUUCGUCGAGAGUUUUCUUUUGGGGAUUCUCUCAAUCUUUGGGAGAUGAUGUGGGCUUUGGAGUAUGAUCCAGAGAUGUUUGCAAUGUACGAAGACCCAGAUGAUGAAGCUAAAGGACGGGCGAAAUCAAUACGGCAUUAUGGAAAAUUCGAAAGAGAGGUUAUGAAAAGCGGGGGAAAAGUUGGGGAAGCUCCCUUGCCCAUUUCGGUUUUUCUUGUGGCCAGUGUUCUUAAGGAUAAAAGCGCCAAGCUUGUGGCCGAGGCUCGGGGACUCGAUGAUGUUGUUAAGAUUUUGAAUGAAAUGACUGGAAAUCUUGACGCGAGGAAAGCAUGCACGGGAGCGAUGAAGCUACACAAGAAAUACUUGAAGAAGGUGAAGAAGCCGCCAUGAAAUCUUCAGAUCUCACAGUUGCUUCCAAUGCAUGGGGGCUUGAAGGGUAAAGAAACUGUAGUCCAUGGCUAAUGAGAAAAGAGAGAGUUGAAUAGAUUUUUUACACUUUUGUACCAUAACAUAUGUAGUUUUAUAUGCGAUUAAUUGCUAACAUAAUUAAGUUUUAUAUGCAAUUCAAUUAAAUGUUUACACUUGAAAUCCCUAACCCAAUCAGCUCAAAACUUGGGGCAUU